AUGAGCACCUGCAUCCAGAUCAUAGAGGGCAUGGUGCCGGGGAUCAACCGCCUAGCGCUGAAGGGCCACAUGGAACAGUUUGGCCAGGUGGACCUGGUACACAUGGGCAAUAGACAAAACCCGGAAGAGGAGCCGCCGAAGGUUCGCUUCUCCACCCCUGAAGCUGCCCAGAGGGCACUGGAUGCCAUAAAUGCGGGACAAGUCGUCAUAGAUGGCAUGCUGCUGAAGGCCAAGCAGAAGAAACCACAGAGAGUUGUAGAAGCUCAAUCUUGGAAGACCUGA